AGAGAGCUUAUGGAAAUAGGUGCUGCUAUUAGCAUUCUCAUUUUUCAGAUGAAUAAGCAGGUUUAGAGAGGUUGAAUAGGCCAGGUGCGGUGGCUCACGCCUGUAAUCCCAGCACUUUGAGAGGCUGAGGCAGGUGGAUCACAAGGUCAGGAGUUCGAGACCAGCCUGACCAACAUGGUGAAACCCCAUCUCUACUAACAGUACAAAAAAUUAGCCGGACAUGGUGGUGGGCACCUGUAAUCCCAGCUACUCGGGAGGCUGAGGCAGAUAAUUGCUUGAACCUGGGAGGCAGAGGUUGCAGCGAGCCGAGAUCUCGCCACUGCACUCCAGCCUGGGCAACAGAGCGAGACUCUGUCUCAAAAAAAAAAAAAAAAAGAGGUUGAAUAACCUGUCCAAGUUCACCCAAAUGAUAAGUGGUAUUACUAAGUCCUUUCACACACAUUUAUUUUCACCCUCACAGCGCCCUCUAAUUAUCAUUUUCAAUUUACAAAUAAGGAAACAAGGCAAGGAAUGUGAAGGCCACACAUAGCUAUCAAGUGGCGGAGCUGGCUGGGCACAGUGGCUUAUGCCUGUAAUCCCAACACUUUGGGAGGCCGAGGCGGGGGGAUCACAAGGUCAAGGGAUUGAGACCAUCCCAGCCAACAUGGUGAAACCCGGUCUCUACUAAAAACACAAAAAUUACCUGGGCAUGGUGGCGCAUGCCUGUAUUCCCAGCUACUCAGGAGGCUGAGACAGGAGAAUCACUUGAACCCGGGAGGUUGAGGUUGCAGUGAGCUGAGAUCGCGCCACUGCACUCCCGCCUGGCAACAGAGCGACACUCCGUCUCAAAAAAAAAAAAGAAAGAAAGAAAGAAAAAAAAAAAGAAUGUGGCAGAGCCUAGACAUCAGGUAUAUUUUCUAAUAAAGGAGACAUGCUAGGAGGCUAAGGAAACCUAUGUCAGGUAGAAAGGAUCUGAGGUUUGAAUAAAGUCAUGCCCUCAGGUUAUCUUUCAUUGUUUUAAAAUUCCGAAAGAAAGACACCAGGAGGAACUCCAUAGCCUGGGAGUUGCUGAGAGGACAGCACUGUUAUCUACUGUAGUAAAGCAGUUCCUGAGUCGUCACUUCAGAAUCACAGUUAAUGCGGAGCUCCCGGGCUCCAGCAUAAACAUAUCCGUAUAAUCUAUCAAAAUGAGACCCAGAAUCUGAAUUUUUAAAAAUACUAUCCUGGUCAAGUGUGGUGGCUCACGCCUGUAAUCCCAGCACUUUGGGAGACCGAGACAGGAGGACUGCUUGAGCCCAGGAGUUCGAGACUAGCCUUGGCAACAUGAUGAGACUUCGUCUCCACAAAAGUUUUUUUUUUUUUUUAAUUAGCCAGGCGGCCGGGCGCAGUGGCUCACGCCUGUAAUCCUAGCACUUUGGGAGGCCGAGGUGGGUAGAUCACCUGAGGUCAGGAGUUCGAGACCAGCCUGGUCAGCAAGGUGAAACCCCGUCUCUACUAAAAGGAAAACUAGCCGGGCAUGUUGGUACACGCCUGCGAUCCCAGCUACUCGGGAGACUGAAGCAGGAGAAUCACCUGAACCUGGGAUGCGGAGGUUGCAGUGAACUGAGAUAGCGCCACUGCACUCCACUCCAGCCUGGAAGGCAGAGCAAGACUCCAUCUAAAAAAAAAAAAUUAGCCAGGCAUGGUGGCAUGCACCUGUAGCCUCAGCUGCUCCGGACGCUAAGGCAAGAGGACCACUUUAGACCAGAAGUUAAAGACCAGCCCGGGCAACAUAAUGAGACGCUGUCUCUACGAAAUUUUUAAAAAUCAUUAGCUGGCCGGGUACGGUGACUCAUGCCUGUAACCCUAACCCAGUUGGGUGGACUGUUGAGCUCAGGAGUUUGAGACCAGCCUGAGCAACAUGGCAAAACCCCAUCUCUACCAAAAAUACAAAAAUUAGGCAGGCGUGGUGGUGCGUGCCUGUGUACACCCAGCGACUCGGGAGGCUGAACUGGGAGGAUCGCUUGUACCUGAGAAGUCGAGGGUGCAAUAAGCCGUGAUCCUGCCACUACAUUUCAGCCUGGGCGACAGAGCGAAACCCUGUCUCAAAAAAUAAAUAAAAAUAAAUAAAAACAGUGUUCCAGAAAUCCCUGUCCUACAAUUAAGUUUGAGAACUGUGGAAGUAUGGUUUGAACUCUGGCGGUUAGAACCCUAAACUAACAGUCUGAUCUAGGCAGGUCACUUGGCACUUCUGAGCCUCAGUUUCCACAACUAUAAAGGCGAAGGGGUAACAAUAAGGUCCGCCUAAGACCCCGACCGACCUCCCCUGUGCUGAGUUUCACACUAAGCAGGCAGGUAGAACAGGCGGGGAGUCGUGGGUGACGGUGGGAUACCUGGGCGCUGAGGCGCGCCGCGAAGCAUUGUGGGACACAGAAAAGCGCCAGCCGCUCCCCGCCUCGAGCUUCGAUUGCGCGGCCGCCAAGUUUCAGUGAUGAACGCCCUCUUUGGGCGUCCCCGGAUACCGCCUGACGUAGUACCCACCACACCUCUCGCGUCUCGACGCCUCGGAGGCUAAUGAGGACGCCUGGCGAAACGCAGUAACGCAUUUCCGGGUGGACCUUCGCUUUACGGCUCGAGAGUUCUUCCGCCCAACCCAGAGGAAGCGGGAGAGCAGUUUACGACAGCGCCGGUCGUGUUUACGGCGGCGCCCGCUGCGCGCGCAUGUUUCUUCUUUUCCUGGUUUCUCAAGAGUGCUGCUGCUAACGCGGUCCCCGGCACGCACCAUCUGUUGCCAUCCCGGCCGGCCGAGGCCGUUACAGAUUUUGGAAGAUGGCAAAGUUCAUGACACCCGUGAUCCAGGACAACCCCUCAGGCUGGGGUCCCUGUGCAGUUCCCGAGCAGUUUCGGGAUAUGCCCUACCAGCCGUUCAGCAAAGGAGAUCGGCUGGGAAAGGUUGCAGACUGGACAGGAGCCACAUACCAAGAUAAGAGGUACACAAAUAAGUACUCCUCUCAGUUUGGUGGUGGAAGUCAAUAUGCUUAUUUCCAUGAGGAGGAUGAAAGUAGCUUCCAGCUGGUGGAUACAGCACGCACACAGAAGACGGCCUACCAGCGGAAUCGAAUGAGAUUUGCCCAGAGGAACCUCCGCAGAGACAAAGAUCGUCGGAACAUGUUGCAGUUCAACCUGCAGAUCCUGCCUAAGAGUGCCAAACAGAAAGAGAGAGAACGCAUUCGACUGCAGAAAAAGUUCCAGAAACAAUUUGGGGUUAGGCAGAAAUGGGAUCAGAAAUCACAGAAACCCCGAGACUCUUCAGUUGAAGUUCGUAGUGAUUGGGAAGUGAAAGAGGAAAUGGAUUUUCCUCAGUUGAUGAAGAUGCGCUACUUGGAAGUAUCAGAGCCACAGGACAUUGAGUGUUGUGGGGCCCUAGAAUACUACGACAAAGCCUUUGACCGCAUCACCACGAGGAGUGAGAAGCCACUGCGGAGCAUCAAGCGCAUCUUCCACACUGUCACCACCACAGACGACCCUGUCAUCCGCAAGCUGGCAAAAACUCAGGGGAAUGUGUUUGCCACUGAUGCCAUCCUGGCCACGCUGAUGAGCUGUACCCGCUCAGUGUAUUCCUGGGAUAUUGUCGUCCAGAGAGUUGGGUCCAAACUCUUCUUUGACAAGAGAGACAACUCUGACUUUGACCUCCUGACAGUGAGUGAGACUGCCAAUGAGCCCCCUCAAGAUGAAGGUAAUUCCUUCAAUUCACCCCGCAACCUGGCCAUGGAGGCAACCUACAUCAACCACAAUUUCUCCCAGCAGUGCUUGAGAAUGGGGAAGGAAAGAUACAACUUCCCCAACCCAAACCCGUUUGUGGAGGACGACAUGGAUAAGAAUGAAAUCGCCUCUGUUGCGUACCGUUACCGCAGGUGGAAGCUUGGAGACGAUAUUGACCUUAUCGUCCGUUGUGAGCACGAUGGCGUCAUGACUGGAGCCAACGGGGAAGUGUCCUUCAUCAACAUCAAGACACUCAAUGAGUGGGAUUCCAGGCACUGUAAUGGCGUUGACUGGCGUCAGAAGCUGGACUCUCAGCGAGGGGCUGUCAUUGCCACGGAGCUGAAGAACAACAGCUACAAGUUGGCCCGGUGGACCUGCUGUGCCUUGCUGGCUGGAUCUGAGUACCUCAAGCUUGGUUAUGUGUCUCGGUACCACGUGAAAGACUCCUCACGCCACGUCAUCCUGGGCACCCAGCAGUUCAAGCCAAAUGAGUUUGCCAGCCAGAUCAACCUGAGCGUGGAGAAUGCCUGGGGCAUUUUACGCUGCGUCAUCGACAUCUGCAUGAAGCUGGAGGAGGGCAAAUACCUCAUCCUCAAGGACCCCAACAAGCAGGUCAUCCGUGUCUACAGCCUCCCUGAUGGCACCUUCAGCUCUGAUGAAGACGAGGAGGAAGAGGAGGAGGAGGAAGAGGAAGAAGAAGAGGAAGAAACUUAAACCAGUGAUGUGGAGCUGGAGUUUGUCCUUCCACCGAGACUACGAGGGCCUUUGAUGCUUAGUGGAAUGUGUGUCUAACUUGCUCUCUGACAUUUAGCAGAUGAAAUAAAAUAUACAUCUGUUUAGUCUUUC